CCCACCAGCCUUUUUAGUUACAAUUCAAACCCGAUGACUUGUUGGGUUUUGGUCUUACAUUUUUCAGCUGCCAAAAAUUGGGCUACUGAUUUCCUGGCGGAAAUUUGAGUGCUUUCUAGCUUAAUUUCUGCUGGGAAAUUUUACCAGUGUUGUUGACAGUAAUGGCUGGGCCUGGACUAUGGAGGACUUGGAGGGUGCUUGGGUUUCUGCUAUUGGUGCCAGGAAUUCUGGGUUGGGGCAAAGAAGGCCACUUCGCAAUUUGCAAGAUAGCAGAGGGCUUUCUGAGUGAAGAUGCUCUGGCUGCAGUAAAAGAAUUGCUUCCAGCGUCUGCCGCAGGUGAUCUUGCUGAAGUUUGUUCCUGGCCUGAUGAGAUUCGAUACCAUUUGCGGUGGAGCAGUGCUUUACAUUAUAUUGACACACCAGAUUUUUUGUGUAACUACAAAUACUGCAGAGACUGUCAUGACCCUGCUGGACAUAAAGAUAGAUGUGUGACCGGAGCAAUUUACAACUAUACGAUGCAACUCUUUUCAGCUUAUCAUGACUCCAUCUCAGAAUCAAAGUACAACUUAACUGAAGCACUUAUGUUCUUGGCUCAUUUUAUUGGGGAUGUCCAUCAGCCCCUACAUGUUGGCUUCACUGGAGAUUUAGGCGGGAACGCAAUAAUAGUCCGAUGGUAUCGCAGGAAGACGAAUCUCCACCAUGUCUGGGAUAAUAUGAUCAUUGAAUCUGCUGUAAAGACACUCUAUAGUAAAGAUCUUGCAAUCAUGAUAAAGGCCAUUGAAAGUAAUAUUACGGAUGGCUGGUCCAAUGAUAUAUCAGAAUGGCAGAUUUGUGCAAAUAAUCAGACUGUAUGUCCAAAUGAAUAUGCUUCUGAAAGCAUUAGUUUGGCAUGCAAAUAUGCUUACAGAAAUGCCACACCAGGAAGCACACUGACAGAUGAUUACUUCCUUUCUCGGCUACCUGUUGUGGAGAAGAGGAUAGCUCAAAGUGGGGUCCGCCUGGCUGCUACCCUCAAUCGUGUUUUCUCUUCUGAAGCAAAAAUUGCUGACGCAUGAAGAUAGAGGAUAGAGGAUAGAGGAUGGGGAUGGGGAUGCAUCCUCGGAAGAUCACCUAUAGUGGGGCCCAUCAUUGUCGCUUAAAAGCGUGAAGUUCCCCAUACGCAAGACCUCCCUCAUGUAUCAAAUUAGUGGUGUCUUAAUGUAUUCCUAAUAUGUUGAUGAUGCCCCUAGUUUACCAGAAUAUGCCCAACACCUCAUCCCAUCUGGCUUGUGUUAAAGAAUCAAUCACAGACUGACUUCUGGUUUGGGCGACUUAAAAUAGUUGGAAGACCAAACUUGUACGCAUUGAAUAACUUGAAUGACUUGUAAAUAUAAGCAACCAAGUCCCUCUGUUGGGCCUAUAAAUUAUCAGUAUUGUGUCAUCAUAUUAAGGAACAAAUUAGUUGGUUUUUUUUCUCAGCAGAUAGAAAUUAAGAUGGACGGGUAUAGAUGCUUUGGGGGAUUUUCCCUUCAUGGGUUUGUUUUGUUGCUAGCGUUAGUUUGCAUUAUAGUUCCAAGAGCUCAAGGAUGGAGCAAAGAGGGUCAUAUUAUGACAUGCCGGAUUGCACAGGCACUUCUAGAGCCUGAAGCAGCAGAAGCCGUUAGAAAUUUACUUCCUCACGACGUCAAUGGCGACUUGUCCGCUCUGUGCGUAUGGCCGGACCAAAUCAGGCAUUGGUACAGAUACCGGUGGACUAGCCCACUUCACUUCAUUGACACACCUGAUAAUGCUUGCAACUUUGACUACUCAAGGGACUGUCAUGAUACACAUGGCUUGAAGAACAUGUGUGUUGCUGGUGCCAUCCAAAAUUUCACCUCUCAGCUUUCACACUACACAGAAGGAACCUCUGACCGUCGAUAUAACAUGACUGAGGCCUUGCUUUUCUUGUCACACUUCAUGGGAGAUAUCCAUCAGCCAAUGCACGUUGGAUUCACGACAGAUGAGGGAGGAAACACAAUAGACUUGCGUUGGUUCAGACACAAAUCAAAUCUCCACCAUGUAUGGGAUAGGGAGAUUCUACUGCAAGCCCUGAAGGACUAUUAUGACAAGGACAUGGAACUCCUCCUACAAGACAUACAGGGAAACAUCACAGAUGGAAUCUGGUCUGAUGAUGUUACAUCAUGGCAACAUUGUGAUGAUCACCAUUCAUGUGUAAACAAGUAUGCUACAGAGAGUAUAAACAUAGCUUGCAAGUGGGGUUACAAGGAUGUUGAGCCGGGUGAUACUCUAACAGAUGAUUACUUCCUUCCUCGGCUUCCUGUUGUGGAGAAGAGGAUUGCUCAAGGUGGAGUCCGCUUAGCUGCCAUCCUCAAUCGCGUCUUCUCUUCUCAAGAAACACAAGUUGAUGAUGAAGCAUCACGUUCACCCACCUAACCUGACUACACAAUACAAGCCAA